AUUAGAGCCGGCUGUUAUCAUCAUAGACACUCAUGUGAUGUGGACCCAUAAUACUUUUUAGUCGUGAACUACACGUGUUUUUAAUGAGAAAUUUCCACAUCACGUCAAAUUAUGCUAGAUUUUUCCAAGUUUGAGUCUAAUAACGUAAGUUUUUCUCUGCACCCCUGAAUCCGUUGCCUGAAUCGCCCACGCGGCUCCCAUUCUAACCUCAAUUUCCCCUCAGCCCUCAGCCUCAGCAGUCUAGGGUCGUGAUAUAGUGUGGUGCUAUGUGUUUAAUCUCUAUAUUCGUUCCAAAGUAUUUUUACCUAUGAAUUAAAUUCAAUAUGUAAUAAUUAUUCACAUGGCCAGUGUCUCAGAUUUUCAGAUGAGAACUGAGUUGUCCCAUGUUGUGAAUGAUUUUGUCUGCGCUCCACUCCGAAGGGUAUGACGGAUGGAGUAUUUUUAAGAGUGAGAAGGUGAACCUUCAUACCAUUAUUAGAUGCUCUAAAUUCCUAGCCUGGGCCGUGUGUUCUCAUUUUUUCUCUAAUCUUCAAAAUGGUGAAGGAAGAAUAUAGGGAGCCCAAUGUUACGAAAAAUAUCUCUCAUGUCAGCUUUGGCAUUGAUAGCGCACAGCAGAUGCAGCAGCAAGCGCAUCUACAUGUCGUCGCAAAGAGUUUGUAUCAGCAAGAUCCCCAGCGUACACCAAUUCCUCAUGGAGUUCUUGAUCGAAAAAUGGGAACAAAUCAAAAAGAUGCGAACUGUGCAACGUGUGGUAAGGGUCUUGCUGAGUGCAUUGGUCACUAUGGGUAUAUUGACUUGGAGCUUCCUGUUUUUCAUGUUGGCUACUUUCGAUCUGUGAUAAAUAUUCUGCAAACUAUUUGUAAGAAUCCCAUGUGUGCCCGUGUUCUGUUGACAAGCGCUGAAAGUCAGAUCUAUCGAGCCAAAGUUAGAAAUCCUGCUCUCUCAUACUUAGUAAGAAAAGCUCUUAGGAAACAAAUCCAAGAUAAAGCAAAGAAGAAAACAAUCUGUCCUCAUUGUGGCGACAUCAACGGCGUUGUAAAAAAAUGCGGAUUGUUGAAAAUCAGUCAUGAGAAGUACCGGAAUAAAAAACAAGAAUCUAUUAUUCAGCAAAAACUUGAGGAAUUCAAUGAAGCUGUAAAGUCGAAUCCAGAAAUAGAAGCAAACCGAAAGUAUGGUCUAAUUCAAAUUUUAAAUCCUCUAGAAGUUUUACGUUUGCUGGAGACAGUACCAACAGAAGAUGUCCCCUUACUUUUGAUGAACCCCGAUCGCUCUUUACCAAGUGACCUCAUUCUUACCAGAAUACCAGUCCCUCCAAUAUGUAUUCGUCCUUCAGUUAUCUCAGAUUUGAAAUCAGGCACUAACGAAGAUGAUCUGACUAUGAAACUUACGGAGAUUGUUUUCAUCAAUGAUGUUAUCAUGAAACAUCGCCAGUCUGGAGCAAAAAUACACAUGUUGAAUGAAGAUUGGGAGUUUUUACAACUUCACUGCGCUCUUUACAUCAAUAGUGAAACUUCUGGUAUUCCUGCUAACAUGCAACCAACAAAGUCUAGUCGAGGUCUUGUGCAAAGAUUGAAGGGAAAGCAAGGUCGCUUCAGAGGAAAUCUCUCUGGUAAACGUGUUGAUUUUUCCAGCCGGACUGUGAUAUCUCCAGACCCUAAUCUCCAGAUCCAUGAAGUUGGUGUUCCUGUUCAUGUUGCCAAAAUCUUAACUUUUCCAGAACGUGUUCAUGCAGCAAAUAAAGAAUAUCUAAGGACACUAAUAAUGAAUGGACCUGAUGUUCAUCCAGGAGCUAACUUCGUUGAACAGCAAGGUUCCAAGUUUAAGAAGUUCCUCCGUUAUGGCAACAGGAGAAAAAUUGCACAAGAAUUGAAGGAAGGGGACAUAGUUGAAAGGCAUCUUGUUGACAACGAUGUUGUUCUAUUCAAUCGCCAACCUAGUUUACACAAGUUAAGUAUAAUGGCUCAUCAAGCGAAAGUCUUACCCAACCGAACUUUUCGCUUCAAUGAAUGUGUGUGUACUCCUUACAACGCUGAUUUUGACGGUGAUGAAAUGAACUUACAUCUGCCACAGACCGAAGAAGCCAGGGCAGAGGCUCUAGUUUUGAUGGGUAACAGAUCUAAUCUUGUUACGCCUCGUAAUGGAGAGUUAUUGAUUGCUGCAACACAGGAUUUCAUCACUGGUGGUUACCUUCUGACCCACAAAGACACUUUCCUGAAUAGGAAUGAAAUUUCCAGGUUGAUAUCUUGGUUGAUAACAAAAACAUCAGCUUUAGAAAUCGAAUUACCAGCACCGUGUAUCAUAAAACCAGUGCCUCUGUGGAGUGGUAAACAAGUUUUUAGUGUUCUACUCCGUCCAAACAAAUGGAGUCCAGUUUUGUCAAAUUUAAAAGCGAAAGGGCGAGCUUAUACCUCUAAUGAAGAACUGUGUAUCAAAGAUUCAUUUGUACUGAUCAGGAACUCCAAAUUGAUAGCUGGUGUCAUGGAUAAAACAACACUUGGAUCUGGAAGUAAAAACAACAUUUUCUACAUCCUUUUGAGAGAUUGGGGAGAAUCAGUAGCAACAACUGCCAUGUGGUUGUUGGCAAGAAUUGCAUCUUAUUAUCUAAUGAACAGAGGAUUUUCUAUUGGUAUUGGUGAUGUGACUCCUGGUCAAGGACUUCUUAAAGCAAAAUACAGUCUCUUGAAAGCUGGGUACACAAACUGUGACGAUUUCAUCAAAGCAAUGGCCAGUGGCAAAUUACAGUGUCAAGCUGGUUGCACUGCAGAAGAAACUCUUGAAGCUGUCAUUUUGAAAGAACUGUCUGUUAUUCGUGAUCAUGCUGGAAAAGCUUGUUUGAAAGAACUUCACCCCAGCAAUAGUCCUCUUGUCAUGGCUGUCUGUGGAUCUAAAGGAUCAUUUAUCAACAUCUCGCAAAUGAUUGCUUGUGUUGGUCAGCAGGCCAUCAGUGGUAAACGGGUCCCCAAUGGUUUUGAAAACCGAUCAUUGCCACACUUCGAGCGACAUUCCAGAAGUCCUGCAGCCAAAGGUUUUGUUGGGAAUAGCUUUUAUUCAGGUUUAACUCCAACAGAAUUUUUCUUCCACACCAUGGGUGGCCGAGAAGGUUUAGUAGACACGGCCGUGAAAACAGCCGAAACAGGCUACAUGCAGCGAAGACUUGUCAAGUCUUUGGAAGAUCUCUGCUUACAGUAUGACAACACAGUGAGAAACUCGAAUGGUGACAUUGUCCAGUUCAGUUUCGGAGGAGACGGUCUUGAUCCAACUUACAUGGAAGGAAACGGCUGUCCAGUAGAACUAAAAAGAGUGUUAGAGAAUAUUACCGCUAUUUAUCCUUGUCGUCAUGAACCUAACUUAACCAGUGAAGAAGUUACUUUUGUCACAGAUGAAAUUUUAAAAUCAAAAGAAAUGGAAAGCUGCGGAACAGUUUUCAUUGAAGAACUAAGAAAAUUCAUGACUGAUUUUGUCAGCAGAACACCUGAAUAUGAAAAACUGAGGAAAGAAAUGACCGUUUUCAAAGAAGUUCAGAGACUCACAAUGACCCAACUCGUGAAAUUCAUAAAAACUUGUAGGGACAAGUACAUAAGAGCAAAAAUAGAACCUGGCACUGCGGUUGGUGCAUUAGCUGCUCAAAGUAUAGGAGAACCUGGAACUCAAAUGACCCUCAAAACGUUUCACUUCGCAGGAGUAGCUUCCAUGAAUAUAACACAGGGUGUACCCCGCAUCAAAGAAAUAAUCAAUGCCAGCAAAGUAAUCAGUACUCCAAUCAUCACAGCUUACCUCGAAGAGGACGAAGAUGAAAGCUUUGCCAGAGCAGUCAAAGCUCGCAUCGAAAAAACUACGUUAGGAGAUGUGACAGAGUACAUGGAGGAAGUUUAUCUAGCGCAUGAUUGUUAUCUAGUCAUUAAAAUAGAUACAUUGAGACUGAAACUGCUUCAGCUGGAAGUUGACAUUGAAUCAAUUUGUGUCAGCAUAGCGACAGCAAAACUGAACCUGAAGCACCAUCAAAUCAAACCUGAUAGUGAUGCUGUCAUCCACAUUUAUCCUGAUUCAUUACGAAUGAGCCUUGACAUGACACUCAAAGUUUUAAAAGAUCAACUGCCAAAUGUCGUAAUUUCUGGUUUACCAGGUGUUAAUAGAGCUGUUAUUCAUGAAGAUAAUUCUGCCGGUAAAACAAAAUACAAGCUAUUAGUUGAAGGUGAUAAUCUAAAAGAUGUAAUGGCAACUCGAGGUGUAAAUGGAAAAAAAUGUACCUCCAAUAAUACAUAUCAAGUCUAUGCCACUUUAGGGAUUGAAGCUGCAAGAUCGACCGUAAUGACAGAAAUCGAGUCAGUGAUGGAAAACCAUGGAAUGAGUAUUGACCAUCGACAUUCAAUGCUGGUAGCAGAUCUUAUGACUAGCCAUGGUGAAACUCUCGGUAUCACAAGACAUGGGCUGGCAAAAAUUAAAGAAUCAGUUCUGAAUCUUGCUUCAUUUGAAAAAACAGCAGAUCAUCUUUUUGAUGCGGCAUACUACGGGCAAACUGAUGUUAUUAGUGGAGUGUCAGAAUCCAUCAUCAUGGGCAUCCCUGUUUCAAUUGGUACCGGCAUCUUCAAGCUACUUCAUAAGUCUAACAAAUCUGACCAUCUACAACAACGGCCAUUACUUUUCAACAACACAAGGUAUCAUCCAACUCCGUGACAUUAGAGGUAGCAAGAUUAUCUAUCAGCACACCUGCAGCUAUUGCUACUUCAGCAUUCAAGUGCCUGAUUCAUGUCUACCACAAAACUGUGUUCCUCAAUGUAUUUUAAUCUUUUAAGUAGAGUUAGGUUUGUUGAAUUAUGAAAUGUUCAUCAGAAUAUAUUUCUGUUCAUUUUUUACCUGCUCGAUUCUCAAUUUUACAUGUUGAGGCAAUUUGACAUCUCCUUUCUCUCCCACCACUAGCUGCCACAAAAAAAUUAAGAUGAAGGCUAUUCACAUCAGAAAGUAACUUCUUCAAUUGUUUUUAGAGGUUGAUGUGGCGUAAAUGGAUAAAUUCAUUUAUACUUUUGCAAGAAGUAGUGAUAAUCAUCCCUUUCUAAUAACAAUACAUGAUAAUUAACAUACA